ACAAUAAUUGUAAUGGCUGUCAGCAGCAGCAGCGGGGUAGCUUCUGGUGUUAAUGAACGUGCUUCCUGUGCCACAGUCGAGGGAGGAAAAACUUGUGUGUUUACCAUCUAAGUUUAGCCUGAAAUUCCAUUUUGAGGAAGAACAACUUUUUUUUUUUUUUUGUGUGUGUGAGUCUCAGGGCGGCAAGGAAGAGAGAAGCAAGAAAUGAUAUAGGAAGUGCUGGAGAAGUUGCUUUACUACUCCUCUGGGCAUGAGAUACAAAGGGAAACCUCAGCACUUCCAAGAUCCGUUUGGAAUCUUUACAGUCGCUUUCAACAAAGUCCCGGAAUAUACUGGACUGAAGCAAGUCUCCCCCGGCUGCUGCUGCUGCUGCCGCUGAGUCGCAACCGAGUUUCUACACUUUUUUAGUUCUUAUGUUGAUCGCCCGAUGUCGUCCGCUGCCAAAUCAGAACAACCAAACUGGACGUUCGGACUUUUCCCUCCCAACCAGAACCGUCUGAACAAACAGGCGCCGCUAGAGAUGAAUGAAAAUACCAUCAACACCCUGUACGAGGCGAUCCCCCUGCCGCAGGACGGCAGCAGCAACGGGCAGCAGCGACAGGAUCGCCAGGCGGAUACUUUCGAACUGAAACGCGAAACGCUUGUCACCACCGACCCUCCCCGACCCACCAUCAACCUGGAUCCCAGAGUUUCCAUCUACAGCGGCCGCCGACCCCUGCUCACCCGGACCAACAUCCAGGGCAGGGUGUAUAACUUCUUAGAGCGGCCCACCGGCUGGAAAUGCUUUGUCUAUCACUUCACAGUAUUCCUUAUCGUGUUGAUAUGCCUGAUCUUCAGUGUACUUUCUACAAUACAACAGUAUAACAAUUUGGCAACAGAAACUUUAUUCUGGAUGGAAAUAGUUCUUGUGGUUUUCUUUGGAGCAGAGUACGUGGUUCGGUUAUGGUCGGCCGGCUGUAGAAGCAAAUACGUGGGGAUAUGGGGCAGACUUCGAUUCGCCAGGAAGCCUAUUUCUGUAAUAGAUCUAAUUGUAGUUGUGGCCUCAAUUAUAGUGCUUUGUGUUGGCUCCAAUGGCCAGGUCUUUGCAACGUCAGCAAUCAGGGGAAUCCGGUUCCUGCAGAUUUUACGAAUGUUGCAUGUGGAUCGUCAGGGUGGCACGUGGAGAUUGCUGGGAUCCGUGGUUUUUAUUCACAGACAAGAACUGAUAACGACGUUGUACAUUGGAUUUCUGGGCUUGAUCUUCUCAUCCUAUUUUGUUUAUCUUGCCGAAAAAGAUGCUAUUGAUAGUUCCGGUGAAUACCAGUUUGGCAGUUAUGCCGAUGCACUUUGGUGGGGAGUGGUGACAGUUACAACUAUUGGAUAUGGAGACAAAGUUCCUCAGACGUGGAUUGGGAAAACCAUUGCUUCCUGCUUCUCAGUCUUUGCCAUUUCUUUCUUUGCCUUACCGGCGGGGAUCCUUGGUUCUGGUUUUGCCUUAAAAGUGCAACAGAAACAGAGACAGAAGCACUUUAAUCGUCAGAUCCCAGCAGCCGCAUCUCUCAUUCAGACAGCGUGGCGGUGCUACGCAGCGGAAAAUCCUGAUUCGGCAACAUGGAAAAUCUACAUUCGGAAACAGUCGCGAAAUCAUCAUAUUUUGUCGCCCAGCCCGAAGCCCAAGAAAUCCGCCAUGGUUAAAAAGAAAAAAAUUCGUACAGAUAGAGAGGAAGGCUCUACAGACAAAAUGCUAAACAUUCCGAAUAUUACCUACGAUCACGUAGCCGACGAUAGAAAGAAUGAUGGGUAUUCAGUGGAGGCAUAUGAGAAUACAGUAAGAAAACCCUUUGGAUUCUUAGACCCCGGCACUGGACCUUUUAUCAGAACAAGCAGUUUCACAGAUGACCUGGACAUGGAAGGGGACACUCUCCUCACCCCAAUUACUCACAUCUCAGAGCUAAAAGAACAUCAUCGUGCCGCAAUAAAAGUCAUCCGACGAAUGCAGUACUUUGUUGCAAAGAAAAAAUUCCAGCAAGCGAGAAAACCCUACGACGUGCGUGAUGUUAUUGAGCAGUAUUCACAAGGUCACCUUAACUUGAUGGUCAGAAUCAAGGAACUUCAGAGAAGAUUAGAUCAGUCACUUGGAAAGCCUUCCCUUUUCCUCUCUGUAUCAGAUAAAGUGAAAGACAAAGGAAGCAAUACAAUAGGUUCAAGGUUAAACCGCGUGGAAGACAAGGUAACCCAGAUGGACCACAAGCUAAAUCUGAUCACUGAUAUGCUUCACCAUCUAGUCACAAACCAGCAGGGAACUCAGUCCAUCCGAACGCCUCACCGGAGCAACUCUUUGAAUUCCGAGAACCACGCUUCCCGCAACACCCUUCCCACCUACGAACAGCUGACCGUGCCGAGGCCAGGGCAGGACAAUGUAUCUUGAUGGACGCACUUCAGUGCUGCUAUUUUUAAAUAUAUGUUGGAAACUUGCACCAUAAAACUGGGUUAACUGCUGUACUCAAGUGGAUAUUCAUUUCUUUAAAAUGGUUUGAAAAAAACCUGCAAAUGAACAAUGUAAUCUGACUGCCUUUCCAAUACAUUAAAGGGGUAGUGCUCUAUUAAUAUAGGCAUCGCUCCAACAUUUUGUAGGCCUCAACUGGAAGGUUCUUUGGAGAAUAAUGAUGAUGACGAUAAUAUUUCCAGUUAGGUGGAGUUUGAGUUCUUGUUGGCUGACUGCCAGCUCCAUUUGGUAGCAAAUCGUCCAGUUGUAUGUGGUUUUAAUCCUGGUUGGUUGAUCCCGUUGAGUCCAUUCAUUAGUGCAGAGCAAAGGAUUCUGGUAUAGAAAAUGAAUAGUCAUCAUAGCCAAUGGCCUCCUAGAAAGCUGAAGCCAUAUGGUGAAGGACAUAUGAUGAAGGUGAAGUGAUGCAUUUCAAGUGUACAGCAUUGUCUCUUCAUUGUGUUGAUUUUAGUUUGUAAAAAUGAUAAAAUGGGGGGGGGGGAAGGAAUUGUUCUCAGUUUGUUGUUUUAGUUGAUCCUCUGCAUAACUACCGACUGUUGUUACCGUAAAUACACCGUUAUACAGGCAGUUGCCAGAAGCAAUUGCGCAGAACAAUACACAUUUCCAAUUGGGUUAGCCCUAUUGCGUUAUUCUCAAGUGGACACAUAUACAGACAGUAACACAUUGAUGCAUCUGGUGCACAGCAUUUCAGUUAAGGGUGUAUCUGUGUACCAGAUGCACCAAUUAAACCAUACUCAUCUGAAUAUCUGUCAGAAUAAACUCAAAUUUAGUCCUGCUCAGAAUAAAAACGGCAUCUGUGAUAUAAGGGUUUUUAAUUACACGCAUGAUUUUGGUUUGUUCAUUAUGACCGAUACCUCCAGCGUUGACCCCCUAAGCUUCUAAAGAUAUAAACUCUACCAUCAUCCCCUUUGGUCUUCUGUUCCAGUGAAAUGGGUAGUGUACUUAACAUUUUACAUAGGAACUGGACACAUCACUUCCAUGAGAGUUUUUUUUUUAUGUUUUGUAUACAAGUAACCUGCCAAAGACCAAGAAACGUGAGUGGGGGAUCUGUUGGAACCCCUGUUUUGUCCUAGGGCUCUUCUAUGUGUAUAUAUAUCUCAAGCAGAAACGAUUGGUGUUUAGCUCCCAAGAGGAGCCCUUAAACUGACUCUUCAGCAACCUUUGGUAGAUUAUAAGUAUGGUUUUUUACCCAUAGCAAACAAUCCCGGGUCGGCUUUUGAAAACAAGCCUCUUAUUGGUUGCUAUGGAUUACUAAAGUUGGGACUUUUUAGUACAUAAACCCAGUUGAGAUACUAGCGUAUCAUGAAAGACAUGUCUACUAGUGAUGCACACUUGCCCACCGCAGCGUACAGAACUUAUUCAUGUUCUGAGACUGGGCUCCCAUUGGUGGGAUAGUGUUCCAGCUGACCUGCUUGUUUCUGACAUCUGCUGAGGGCUCUCGUCUUCAAGACCCUUCUUAACCUUGGCUGGUCAUGGUUUGAGAAGGACCUGCAAGGGCUGGGCUGAUCCCUUAUUGCUGGAACCCAGACAUGAGCAUUAGUUUACUGGCCUUCUCCUCUCCCCUAUGGCAACAGGGAAGGGUCAUGCAACCCCAUGCAUUUUAUUGCAUAAACUCUUUCUGGCACAUUCUUAGUUAUCUAUUUGAAUAGCAAAUUUUUUUUAAUGUUUUGAAACCAAUAAUAUACAUAAUUACACUCUUGUGAAACGUAAAAAUCAGUUCUGUAUAGACAUACGACGAUUGGUAACGUGGGGGUUUGAUGCUAUAUUCAAGGCUUUCUUUCUAAGUUUUUCUAGUGACGCCACAAUGUCAUGCAUUUUGUUUAUAGAGUCUUUUUGUUACCAGAAACAAAUAAUGUUGAUUUUUUUUUUUAGGGACUGGGUUAGGAUGUUUCUGCCACCUACCCCUAUGGGUAAAACUGGACUUUAGUCCAUAUUUGUAUUUAUUAGUACUGUUUAAAAAUAAACUGAGACGUGACCCUGUGUAUUGGCACAGUGUCGUAGGUAGAUAGGUCUGUGUUUAUUUUUUUGUAGCGAUCCAUAAUAUAUAGGGGACAUCUGGCUACUCAGGCAAGUUCCUUCUGUGUUGAUCAGUGAAGAUGGAGUUCAGCGUAGGACGUUUCGGAGAAAACCUUACUUUAGUUGAGGCAACAAUGCAGCUCCCUGUUUUAGGAGGAGCUGGAGCGCCACAUUACAAUCUAUAAUAGGUUAUAGCAUUUGAAAAUAUGGGGCAACUUGAAACCAUUUUUAUUCUCAGUUACACUUGUUAAAACUGGAAUUCUAAGACUUUAGGAUUAGGGUAUUGUUUUGUACUUUGGUCUUAGAUUGUGUUUUACAUGUCUAAAGGCAAACCUGAUUCAGUAGUGUAACCCCCCCCCAUCCUUCCCAUUAUUAAUGAUUCUUGAAAGAUUUGGAAAUGGCUUUCCUUGUCCUAUUUAUGUUUACAGUUUGACUCUAUGGAAGCCAGCAGGGGACAUUAAUGGAACUGGUGGUGAUGGCUGGACCUCUGUGGGUAGCAUUGCCUUUGCACACGUAUUACCAGUGCCUGGGGGCAGUGAAUUAUUAUUAGAAUGGAAAUGGCACUGACAUGUUUCUGUGUUGCCUGGUCCCCCCCAGGAACCUUCUUCAUGGUCCCAAAGCUAUAUUGUGUCUUAUAUCAUGUCACUGGUUUGGGGCAGGGGUUGGUAGGAGGCUUGGAUUGUAUAGAAUUCUGAUAUAAACAGUGGGGGCAUUUAUAAACACUGGCCAAUUUUGCUUCUGGGCAAUCAGAAUGCAGCUAGCUCAAAAAAAAGCUAAUCACUGACUGGUUGCUAUGGGUAACUGCCCAGGUACAAAUUUGCCCAGUGUUUAUAAAUAAGCCCCAGUGUCUCCAGAAUUUUGCACCUUUCUCCAUUGUAGCAUCAGUACAGAAGUAGGGAGUCCUUCAUCAGAGGGCAAUGAUGGCCCGUGGGAUGAUUUACAUUUGAAAAAUGCCAGCACCUAUUCAUUGAACUACACUAUUACAAUUUUAUUUUGAAAAUCAGCAUUUUUAUUGGUAAUACCGGAGCUGCCUCAUCUGCAAAGUGACGUCGAUGCAAGGAUCCGUCCACCACAGCCAGUUUAACUGAAACUCAUCUCCGGCUCAAUAAGCGUAGCUGACUGUGGCCUCUGUAUAAACUAAACACUUGCUUUUCCUUCAACACUGCAAAAUCACUGAUUGUCGUGCACGGGUUGGGGGGAUUUUUACCGGUUUGGGUCAUAUGAAAGACGAUGUGAAUGUUUAGCAAAUGGUUAUGGACGUUACAAUGUUCAGAAUGAUGCCAAAGAAAAAAAAUGAUUUUUAUCCUAAUGAUUCACAAUGUAAUUUCCAUGAAGUGAUUAUCAGAGAUUUUCCUAAUAAAAACACCAGCACUGGA